UCGCGUCAGCACGCUCAGCUGUUGGUCUCGCACUCGCUGUGAAAUGACAGUUCCGCCGCGGCGGCGGUACUGGUGCGCGAUGCGGAAGUCAAUUUCGUGAAGAAGACGGUGUUGAGAGUGUGAGGGACGGCGGCAGCGGUGGCGACGCGGAGCUGCUCGACGGACACGACAAGGAGGACGGGGAGAGUGCAGACUCGCGGCGUCGGGAAAGAUGAACGGCAGUCUGGGAAUAGCGCGCGGUUCAGAGCAACAUCCACAGCGUUUCGCGGACUACUUCGUCAUAUGCGGUCUGGACAAGGAUUCGGGUCUGGAGCCAGACAAAUACUUCGGUGACUCACUGCAAUGCACGCCGCUGGAUCGGGCGUACAAGAGCAAAGUGCUGGGACAUUAUCCAGACUCAGUGCCAUGGAAUCCCUUCGACGAGCACGCCGUCUGCAUGCUUUGUCUGCCAAGCGGUUUACGAUUCCGUACUCAGAAGCACUCGGUGGAGCCCACCUUCCACUCCUUCGUGCUGACGAAGGAAGACGGCCACCGAACAUACGGAUUCAGUCUCGUCUUCUACGAAGAGUGCCGCAAUCGCAAGAUAUGUGCCGCUAUGCAAACGCUGCAGGCGAUGCACAUCACGGAGCUCAGCAGCGGCCAAAACGGCACACCACCCACCGCGAGGAAGGGCCAGGAUGGACACAACACGAGAUCAUUGCCGCGGCACUUCAAGCUGUCGGCCCAUUCACCGGGUGCCGCGUUAGCGUAUUACGACUCUACCAAAGACAAGUUGCUAGUGACCAAAUCGAUAUCUCUGCUGUGCCAGCAACCCUACCUCCACGCGGCUAAGACGUUCCUCAAUAAUCUCUACAAGUGCGUUCCUAGACAUCCCGGACCCGGCCUGAGUCUGGAAUCCUACGUGUACAAUUUACUGUACAAUGUGCCGGUGCCGUUGCCUGGUAAAUCCUUGAAGUUCUUCGUACCUAACGAUGAGCCCGCCAAGUCGCCGCUGGAGUUGGUAAUCCACCAGCCGUCGCCGUCGCUGGAGCUACCGAUGUUAGAUUACCCCCUGAAGGAUGUGUUCACAUGGCUGGGCGCGGACUGCCUGAUACAAUUAUUCACAUGUGUGCUGCUGGAAAAUCAAGUGCUCCUGAGGAGCGCCGACUUCCACAAGCUGAUGGUGGUGUCGGAGUGCAUAACGGCGCUUCUUUUCCCAUUUUCGUGGCAACAUGUCUACGUGCCGAUAUUGCCCGCCAGUCUGCACCACUUUUUGGACGCUCCUGUGCCCUUCAUCAUGGGCCUGCAUGCACACAGCGAGGGUGGCGUGUUGAAGAUCGCUAGCGAAGCGAACCUCUGUUAUGUAGAUAUAGAUAAGCAAAGUAGCCAAUUCCCGGAAGAGUUACCUGUGUUUCCUCACAAAGUGCAGUUUAUCGCUGAGAUUAGGGCGCUUCUAAACAAGUACAAAGUACCACAUUCGGGAAAGACCGAUAACAUGGUCAUAAAUUAUUACAACGGCGACAUCAUGACUAGUAGCCUGACGCUUCCUGGUUCCGGUUUUCACCUUCCUCGCAGAAAACAUUCUCUGCAUGAUGUACUAGAUUGGGACCGACCGGAGCUAGGCCCACAGUCGGACAACUUGCAAAGGAUAGUGGACAUUGUUAAAAGAUCAGUAAACGUAGAUGAUAUUGAUCCCGCGGAGGAUACUACAAACGAGAAGAUACUCACACCGCAGGAGGACUACCAAGAGACUCUCGUCUUCAAUAACGCUAUCAGGGAGAUGUUUCUGAACCGUUUUGUACAAAUGUUUUCUAGUUACGAGCACUUCGUCAUACAGCCAAGUCAGGACAAGGAUGAGUGGAUCAAUAACAGGGACAGUAUGCACGUUUUCGACAAGGCUACGUUUUUAUCCGACCAGCCUACGCAGCAUCUACCAUUUCUAUCGAGAUUCCUUGAGACGCAGAUGUUCGCCUCUCUCGUCGACAGUAAAGUGAUGUCGACGUGGAGCGAGCUCGAUUUCAACAUAAAGGUCUUUGACCAAAGGAUCUCUCUUUUAAAGAAGAAAAUCGGGGAGAGCAUCAUACGAUCGAUGAGGUACGAGCCAUGCACGAGCAUUGCGGAUACGCAACAAGUACUGGAGCAAAGGUUAACAAACGUGGACUUCGAGACGAAUCCGCCCGCGGAAAUUCUCCCGCAUCGAGCAGCAUAUUUUCGGAGCUUUCCUCUGCUGGAUAGCGUCGUGUUGAAUAAAGAACCCGCUCAGAGUAUUCUCCGCAGUCGGAGGGGCCAGACGCAGUGGAAAUACAAGAUGAAAUCCAUGGAUGCGAACAGAAAGCCCGCGACACCUCAGGAAUCUCAGUCACCUCGACCUCAGACUAAACUCUCGGCAGACAUGAGUCCGGCUCUGAUAGCGCAAGCCAACUGGACGUUUGUCGAAAAAUUGCUCAAAGAUUGUAAAUCUAAGACGAAGAGGAUGCUGGUAGAGAAAAUGGGGUCAGAAGCCGUUGCACUGGGCCACGGCGGCGAAUCUCUGUCCGAUGUUGAGGAGAACACUCUAGUCGCUAGUCUCUGUGAUCUGCUGGAGCGAGUAUGGAGCCACGGGCUGCAAAAUAAGCAAGGCAAAAGCGCGCUCUGGUCACAUCUGACUAUGUACCAGGAGACGGAAGAAUGUAACGACGCGACCAAGUCUAUAGACCCUAACUUUCUGUCCCCUGCUAAGAAAUCGCCGAAUAGGUUUUUUGGAAUACCGGAUCGUUUGGUUUCAUCCCUGCGGGGCAAGAGUAUGUUCGAAAUUGCCUCUUACAUCAGGGACAAUUUGAACGAUCUAUCGAAUUUACAAUUGGAGACAGACGUCUCACCCACAAGAAGCACGGACAAACACAAGUCGCCCGGCGAGAGGAAGACCGUAGGACCGGAGCAUCUGAGACCUCUGCCGGACUCUCUAAUCUUCGACAUUCGUAAUGUUCAAGCGAUGACCGAUAUCAAGACGCACAUCGGAUACGCGAGGGCGUGGGUGCGACUGGCGCUUGAGAAAAAACUGCUGUCGCGUCAUUUGAAGACGUUACUGUCCGACAGUGCUCUAUUAAGGAGCCAGUACAAGCGGUCGGCUUUUUUACGCUGUGAAGAAGAGAAGGAACAAUUUUUGUACCAUCUAUUGACGCUCAACGCAGUCGACUACUUUUGCUUCACAAACAACUACCCGACGACGAAGCUACCGUACCGCGUCGUGAUCUUUCCCAGCCGGAAGGCGAGUGCCGCCACGACUUCGGCUAACAGCUGGAUCGCUAUUUCCGGCACACUCUGCGAGACAAAUCCGGUGCCCAUACCGAAAGGAGCGCUUGAAUUUGUAUUUCAUCAUAAAAAUUUAGGCGUACUAUCGACAUUACGGAUCGGACACGACAACACAGGGAUGUCGCCGAAGUGGAUGGUGGAGCACGUCGUGGUGAGGAACGAGGUGACAGGGCAUAUGUUCAAAUUUCCCUGCGGUCGUUGGCUGGGCCGAGGAAUAGAUGACGGGUCUACCGAGCGAUUAUUAGUGGGCGCCUUGGUGCCCCGAAGUAUCGACAGCGAAGAGUUGGUGGAAUCGUGUUCCACGCCUCCGAGGUGUAGAUCGCCUAGUAUACCAAGGCGCCCUAUAUUGUCGCAAGUUGAGCUGCAACACAUGCUCGGUGAAGCCGUGAACUCCAUAGUCAAGUAUCACUACAGAAGAGAAUGUCAGGACGGUUCCUUGACAGCGCUGCUAUGCGGAGAAGGUGGCCUAGUGCCGUCAUUGGAACAAAUCUUCUUAUUCGGUUUCAAAAAUCAGAGAAUCUUUGGGAGAAACUUCUAUGUGUGGGACUAUUUCCUGCGCGUGAAGGAAAACUUCGAGAUAUCCUUGCUGGAGGAGGUGGACGAAUACUCGCAGCAGAGGCUCAACCGCGACAGGAGAGCCAAUGCGGGGAGCAGCCAAAGAUUGACGAUCUUGAGAUGUUAUUGUCAUCUCCUCGAUCAAAUCAACAUGUUCAGUCAGACGCUGGGAAAGGACGGUAAAUUUCAGUUAUUCAUCUGCCUGGCGGCGAGAGAGCAGCUACUUCAUCCGAUGUUGCGGCCAAUGAGCGACGUGCGUUCCACGACAGACAUGUACGAAGAAAACUCGUUUCUAAGGAAUCCUACGCUAUUGACCUUCCUCAUUCACAUUCUGGAGCCGUUGAGCGAAUUUCACAUUGUUCUCGAAAAGAGCUUGACUCACGGAAUCUCUAGUAUCUGUUAGUACUUGCCGAAACGUACGAGCGUACGUUGAAAAUUUAACGCGAAUAUGUUUUUGUGUUCUCUUGAUGAAAUAUGCCCUGGAAAAAGAGGAAAAGAGGUAAAUUUAUAGAAUUUAUACCACGUGAAUCGUGUUUUUGAUCGCCGACAGGUCACAGAAUGAUCAAAUUUUUUCCUAGUCGGAAAUAUACACACACAGAUCUGCUUCUUUCGGCCGCGCCGCGGUAGUAUCUCGUCGCGUUUGAAAUGGCGACAAGCGACGAGUUCGAUUGUUAUAUUACAUAGGACGAUAUAGAGAAUAGGCUCGACAAGUUUUAUCAUUGAGAUGAAAAAGAGAGAUUAAAGAAGGAUUUAAUAGUAUAUAUACAUAUAUAUUAAAACUGAAGACUGUUACCGGGAAUGUAGCUGUAUAAUAGACGUUUAUAGAUGACAAAUUAACAACGCGAGUUUAAACGGGGAAUUUAUGAGAUAUAACGUUAAACAAAGAGAGCAUAGACCCUUUUCUUGUCCUGUUCCAGAAGCUUACGAUAUUAUGACCGGUGAUAAAAUAAGGGGAAGGGAAAUGAGAAAUAAUUAAUUGAGUAUAUACGAGAAUAGAAUAUAUGGUCAUCUUGCCGUAACUGUCCACUUGAUAAGAAUAGUGAAGUGGUUGGUUGAGAUGUUGUUCUAAUCUAAUAACGAUGAUUCAUGUACCAAAGAUGUGAUCCUACUUAACCAGUAGUCAGUUUUAUAUUGCCGUUAUAUUAUCAUUAGGUCGUUUAGUUUCUCUAUAUUGUAUACUUUUCGUAUGUGUAUCUCGGUCGGACAUGCGCGCGAUACCUUUCCGACUCCCGACGUUUUACUCGCUCAUGGAGUAACUAUUUUCCGAAAUUUUAACAUUUACAAGGAAUCCGUACGCGAGAUAUCCAUACACACUCCCUCACUCGCUCAUUCACAUGACAUACACAUACACACGUUACAUUACAUUUUUUUAAUGGCUGUGCUUCGAUACUUGCGUGCUAUGAGAUUGAAUAUAACUGUCCUGAGCGUGAGUGUUGUACUAACAUGACAAUUUUAUAUUACGAUAAUGCGUAUUACAUCGCCGUAUACGUACUGACCUCGGCGAAGUGUAUAUUUCCCAAGAAUCUUUCGCGCAUACGUAACGAGAACCUCGUGAUAUUUUAUCCAAGUGAUCGCUUUCUAUUCCGUUUCUUUGCCUGUUUUCUCAUCCCAUCUGACGCAUUCACGGUUUUAUACUCGAUCGAUUCUUUGUACAAUACACUUUGUCGGUAUAAAUAUGUAUGUUAAUUGUAGCUGCGAUACAAAAGAGAAAGAAAGAGAGAGGGAGAUAGAGAGAGAGGAAGAGAGAGAGAGAGAGAGAGAGAGAGAGAGAGAGAGAGAGAGAGAGAGAGAGAGAGAGAGAGAAAGAGAGAGAGACAGUGAAAGGAAACGAGGCGACAGCACAAAAGGUCGUCAAAUUGCACCGCGAAUGGACCAAACAACAUAUUCGUGAUUAGAUUCCUACGUCUCUCUCUUUCUUACUCUCUCUCUCCUUCUCAAGAAAGAGGUAAGUCCGAGCGUAACGUCGAGUAGAAAAAUCUUGUGCUCGUUUUUCUUCUGUCUAACUUAUAAAACGAGGAGAUGAAGAACGUCUUAUGAUCGAAUCGAAUCUUCAUCGAUCGGAAGUGUAGGUAUCGUUACCGACUUUGUAUAUCCGUUACCGUUCUUCGUAAGCAAUGUGAGAUAAUAAUAUCUACUCUAAAAACAAAAAAACAAAGGGAAAAGAGAGAAAUAAUUCCUAAAGUACAAUCUUACAUGCGUUUCACGUAAACUCGCAACUUUGCAUUCGAUAGCUAAGAGAACUGUACGAUACAUUUCUCAAUUUUCAACAUGCUCACCAUGAUUCCAUGCGAUAUUGCGGCGGACAUGCAUCGUCCUGGACAAAAAGAAAAUAUCGAUGUUUUAAGAGCAUAACAAUUUUCUGAAGUCACAAUAUGCUCAUUACGCAUCGAGGCCGAAUUGUCACGGCGAAAUGAAAUUUCAUUCUCACCACAAGUCGCUCGGCGGCAUAUCGUCGUCGUCUUAAUAACAAAGAAAGGACAAAGAAACGUAGAUCGUUGUGUUACCUUUGCGAAAAGAUAGAGAAAAGCACAAAAAGCAAAGAAAGACAGAGAAUCCUUUCCCUCGAGCCAACAACGUUAUCCAGCGGGCGAGCCCGUAGCCUGAUGUUACGUGUAUUGUGAUUGUUUUUAGACUGAGGAAGUAAUAUUAGUAACGUAUCUUGAUAAUUGCACACGUAUCUCCUCCUGAUAAUAAUUUCACGGCUCGUGUUGUACGACGCGGUGUCACGUCGAUCGUGAAACGAAGUCGCUGCGAUCGGAGGAUUCUUCAUUUGCGGCAAACGUUUUACACGAAAAAUACCUCGAUUUUCUCGCCUAUCUAUCUUUCUUCUUCAUUAUUAUUAGCAUCAUUAUACACGCGCACUUUGUAACAUACAUGUACAAACAACUCGAGUGAGUACAAAAUAAAGAGGAAAAAACGAAGCGCGAAAAUCCGCGACGAUCGUUCCGGUCGCACGUGACUGCGCGUUGAUCGCGCCGAUUAAAUACUCAUCGUAGCCUAUAUAGCCGCCCGAUUAGUUCAAAACUCGUUCCUUACCGCGCGAGGUCGUUGCUCUUGUACAUAAACAUGCGUGGGUUACACCGAGAGAGAGCAAGUAAUGUUCUCGUGUAAUGUACAAGGACUCUCACAAAGCGUAUACAUCAUGCGUAAAGUGUAUAUAUUACAUUAUUGUAAGACACAUUAUAUAUUGUACAGUAGAAUAAGUCAUUAUCAUGAGAGUAUUAUAUGGCGGUAUUCGUUA